AUGCCCCGAUCAAAUAUAGAAACCGGACUACGGCGUGGUGCCAGGGCCUCGUUGUUGCUCUGCGCUACCAGCAGCUUGACGACCAGACUGCUGGGGCUGUCAUGGAAAACCCUCACCUCGACGACAGGAGCUACGCUGUUGGUUGGCUUUGCGCUGUCGAGGCCACGAUGCCUCACUGUUGACUCUAUAGCAGGAGCUCACGCCCUGUCCAGCAUACGAAGCGAUCUCAUAUCUAGAGUUUUUCAUCUAUCACCUACCGUUCUGCCCGCUCUUUACCAGCUCAGUAGCUACUACCAAACGCGCUAUCUCUGGAUCGACUCCAUCUGCAUCAACCGGCGCGACGCCUAUGAGAAAGGAUCUCAGAUCACACUGAUGCGGGACAUACGUGACCGUCUGGCUGGAUAG